CAAAAGAGGAGCUGGACAAUUUUAUUAAACCCUGUCGAUUGAUUGAGAUAUCAAUUGGAAACGUCAUGAUUGACUCUUAACAUCCACCGCUAAAACCUUAGGUCAAUGUCUUGCCUUAAAAAUGUUCCCACCUUAUUCAUGUUUUUCUUAUGAACAGCCUUUAUGCUAACACAUUGUUCGACUCCUAAAACAAUAAGAAAACAAAAGCAAAAACAGAAUUUUCUGUUUGUUUCAGCCCUGUAUUGUUUCUAUCUUCAUCUCUUUUGGUCACAAGAAUUUAUUUAAUCAUUUAAAAAUAAAAUUAAAAUAUGAUUCUUAUUAUUUAUUUUUAAUUGAACCAACAUAUCCGCAGGGAGAUUGUAGUUUGUGAUUAGUCUGGUGCAGAUAAAAGCAAAUCCAAAUUGGAAAAUGAUAAUAGAAACAGGAAAUCCAAAUCCAAGUUGGAAAUAAAACAAUAGCCCUAAAAGAAGAAGGAAGGGUGUGGAUUACAUGAGGAGUUGGUAUUGGUUGGCAAUCCAUCCUUGGGAUAUAUCUUAGAGUAAACGGCAUCCUUUAUAAAUAUUAGACAAGAGUAGACAGACACGGUUUUUGUUUCAUUGAUAUUCUUUUGCCGCUGCCUCUGUCAACGUUCCAAUAGUCUUCCUUCUCUGUUGCCAAAACCAAGAACAAGAAAGCCUCACCGUCAUUACAAGAAAAAGAGAAGAGCAAGAGCAAGAGCAAGAGCAAGAAACCAUGUGCUGCUGUUCCGAUGACUGUGAAUGCAGGCCUUUAGGGUUUCUGUUAGGCCUUCCGUUUGCCUUUCUCUCCCUCCUCAUCUCUCUGGUCGGAGUUGUUGUAUGGAUUGUUGGGUUGGUGUUGAGUUGCAUAUGCCCAUGUUGCUUUUGCGUGACGGUGUUAGUUGAGUUCGCACUUGGAUUAAUCAAGGCUCCCAUCCUGAUCAUGAAGUGGUUUACUUCCAAGAUUCCUUGCUAAUGUUUGAUAUCGAUCAUUAGUUUAAACUCAAUUAUGGAUAAGUAAUUAUACCAUGUAAUUGCCUACAUACGCCACUGUUAUUCUGGGAUGGACUAGUUUGACUUACUUCUUUCUUUUUUCCUUUUUUCUCUUUUUCUUGGGCGAUAUUAUCCAUCUUGGUUCCGCUGUUUUCUGUCUUAUUUGUUGUUCCUUGUCAUUAUUUGAGGUAUCGUUUUAGCAAUGAGACAAAGGAAACAACUCUAAUAAUCAUCAAUUAUUGCA